UUUAGACAUUUAUUUAUUACUUUUUUUACAAUGUAAAAAAAACGUCGCCAUGACUACGAUAGUCCAAGACACACCCACAAUGUUGACUACUGAAGAAACUUUAUAAUUAUUCUAAAAAUUAUCACAAAUAAAUAGUAAUAAUGAAGAAUUUGAUCUAGAUGUAUAGAUAAAUAGAUUAGAUUCAGGUCAAUCAGGUGCUUCAGCCAGCACUCUUCAAGAUAUAAAAGUGCCAGAAAGCUGUGGAGGCUAUACCUAUCGUGACAGUGGACUAGUUGGAUCAGGUGUCAGGAAUAGAUUUAUCUAUUGGCGAAGUUACCAGGAUGUGCUUGAAAUAGUUGAGGAAUCCUUGGAUGUGACCCUGUCAGGCAACAUGGUGCGCUACAUAUUCAAAGAUACCCCCAUACUGCCCAAGGUCUGUGUGUUUGAAAUGCAUGAAUAUGUCCUCAUUCUGGUCGCUACUGUUGCAAGUGUACACCGUUUGGUCUUUCCUCACCCGAGAAAAAUCUGCAAGGCGAAUACCUUUGUUCUUUGUGAGCAGAAUGUAUCUUCCAUAUUUUAUGAUGCCUCUUUGCCUGAUGACACCAAAAAUCAGUUCCUCUUGACUCCAGGGGGCACAAUUAGUUCCCAUUUUUUGCUUGGUGCCAGCGCCAUCACCAGUGACGGGCAUGUCAUCUUUGGCUUGUCUAACAACAGUGGUGGAAUCUUGUUGGUCAAAAUGCCUCCCCUAGGGAUUGCUGGUGUGGUAAUACAGCAAGAGCUCUCUUGCUCAUCUGUUAUGAAAAAACUUUGGAAUGGUCUUAUUCCUGGUGCUAUUAGAGGAAACCAGCCUAGUGGAGAAACUGCCAUCAGCCUGGAACUAGUUUCAUUACAAGGAGAUGUUUACUUGUUCACUGUCUGCAGAGAUUUCAAACUCAGAGUUUGGUCAACAAAGACAAGAGAAUGUGUUUUGGUAGAGAACAUUCUAGACUAUACCAGUGAUGAAGCUGAGGACUCCAGCAGUGUACCUCUACUAAAUGCUUCAGGCCACAUCAUUCAAGUGAUUCAAGGUGGAGCUAUGGCUGACAUCUGUGUGUACAUAUCACAGCAGAACAAAUCCAAGUUUGUGUUUUUGAGCCCAACUCUUGAGAACAACCGUUUAGUUUUAGAAUACUUGACAACAUUGGAAAAAACUCCACUGGAAGAUUUAGUUGAUUUUGUUGUAACUGAGGAUUACCUGAUGUCGUUAUGGACAACACAGACAGGUGACUCUCAAGUGUUGACUACACCUUUGGACAGGUCUGAAGAUAUAAGUAGUGACUGGGAGCCAGUCCUUCUGUCCAAUCAAACAGAUUCCGUCAUAGUGCCAGGACACAGAGAUGCCAGAGAUGUCUAUUUGGAAAAGAUUUUUGAACCUGGAUUUUUUGCACCACAGGAUAUCGUCAAGGCACUUAGCGUGUAUAAAAGGGUUCCAGCCCCUUCUUUAGAGAUGGAAUCUUUCUUCAACAUGGCGACACUCAAAGAGGAAGUAACCAAUGCUGUGGACACUGAGAUUCGUAACAAUGCCUCGGACCAGGAGUUACAAGAAGAGGCCUACAUUGAACUCCAGCAAGAACAGUGGGAGAAAUUCUACUCUUGCUGCUACCAGUAUAAAAUGGUUGGUGAGAAAGCUAAAGGUCUAUUUGCUGAUCCUGUCACUGGAUUGUUUGGUGUCAUUAAAAAGUCAACAUUUAGUUUACUGCGGCCUUGUGACACGACAGAAGAACUCUACCUGUCUCCAACCAUCAAACUAUCACAGUGGGCCAUUGAGAAAUAUGAUUUAGUCAGAGAAGAUGGGCCAAGGUUGCAGUUUAUCAAGGAUGUCCGGUGGCUCUGCGAUGCUGUCCAGCUGGUCAACUCACAAAUCUCCCCAGAUUUGGCCUGCAUGUUUCAGAGUUGCCUGCAAAGUCUAGAUCCUCCUGAGCAGCUAAUAGAGUCAUUAGCGGAUGCCAUAAGAACUGAUUCAACGAUUUCCACUGAACUGAUUGAGCUUGUCAAGCUGAUGGCCAACCCAGUAGCCUCCAUAGAGGCUCUCUUCUCCAUUUUAGAGAUUGGUCAAGAUUUGGGGGCAGAUGAAAUGGAAGGACCAGAGGGCCUGAGACAUCAGCACUACAGUCAUCUCUUCUCUGGUAUGCUUGGCCUGUCUGUCUUGACCCAGUCUUUCCAACAGUUGGUCUCAGUGAGAUUUCAGUUUGUAAGGGACUUGUCAGUACUCAUGGCUGUAGUUUCUGACCACAUGGAUGAGUCAGGACUGAACCAGUCAAUGAAAGAUACGAUACUAAAUGAGCUUCUACCCAAGGGAGCCUACCUGUUAAGGUGCUACAAGGUUCUCUUGUGGACAGCAGAGACAUUGAGCACUGUCAGCCCUAACAAUACUUUAGAUUUCAACUUGAGACAACUGAACAAUCUAGGAAUAAUAGAUGAUAUGGUUUCCAAAUCAGUUACAAAACCAAGCUCCCAGAGCUCUUAUCUGAUCCAGAUGUUCUUGGAAGGUGUUGGUGGAAAGCUAAUCAGACAGAGGUUGUCCUCUCUUGAUGGAGAUAGAGUGGCUGUGUGGAGGGAAGAUUUGAGGCAAAUCUUGUUAUCCCUCUGUGUGCUCAUAUGGCCUGCAUCAGAUGACACAAUCUUUCCCGAGUUCCUGGUGCGGACCUGCCAGUACUUGAGACUCCAGGAGUACAUCCACAUCCUGACUCCCUGGUGUACUUGGAAUGAAGCCUCCAGGGCUUUCUUCCUGGGGCUAGCAUAUCUUCACUUUCAUCAGCCUCACAAAGCUGUCAAACUUUUUGCUGAUGCCAGUGACGGUGUGGCCACUGAACCGUUCAUGUCACACAGACUCUUGCAAACUACAGAGACUGACCACUACAAGCUGCAGAUACUCUACUAUCUGAAGGUUAUUAAACAGCUUGAAGAUCAAGGCUAUUCUGACCUGGUCAUCACUAUGGCCAAUGAAGCUAUCAAUAAAGCCAACAAGGAUGACCCCAACUUGCCCACAUUGCAGUCUAAAGUCUUCAAGGAACAUCUGGAGCUGGGACACAAUCAGCAGGCCUUUGCUGCCAUGAUGAGCAAUCCAGAUAUUGAUAGAAAGAAAGAUUGUCUUCGUCAAUUUCUGGUAGUUCUAUGUGAACGAGGACACUUGAGGGAUCUUGUUUCAUUUGAUUACCAGGACCUGGAGGAUGAGGUGGUGUACAUAUUGGAGACUAGAGCCAGAUCUGUGGACAUGUUUACUUAUGACUAUUAUAGUCUACUUUUCUCACAUUUCAUAUUCAGAGAAGAUUACAGAAAAGCCGGAAGAAUCAUGUUUGAAAAAGGUUUGCGGCUCUCUCAAGAGGUGCCAGGUCUGAAAAGUCUUCAGCAGCAAGCCCAGUGCUACUUGUGUGCCAUCAACACUCUACGCUUGGUCAGGCCGGAGUAUGCCUGGAUAGUGAAGCCUGUCUUUCAAUCAGUGGAUGUGGAGAAGAAGACUGGGAGGAAUCCAUUGAGAAGAGAUACAGCUGUUCAAGAUCAAAAAGUGCCCAAGAAAGUGGUGAUUUUGGAGUUGGCUGAUCUAGAAAAAGAUUACUUAUUGCUUGAUGCCAGACUAAGACUCAUAAGAAAUGAAGGCGACUCACCAUUAAUCUCUGGUCCCAUGCCUUCCAAGGAAGAAAUGGUCUCCCUCUUGUGUUCUGCUGGACUGUAUGAUCUUGCUGUUUCUGUAACACGGGCCUUUGCGUUGUCCCCUGAGCCAAUAUUGUCCAGUCUAUCCCUUCAGUGUGUCAGCCUGUCCAUGACCUCUGCUUCCUUCAUUAAAUCAUCAGCACAAGAUCCUAAUGCUACAGCCUGGUUGUGGCUGAGAGAGAAUGACAUUCCCUUGUGUGGAGCCAAGGAGAGUACUGUGUCAGAUCAGGCCUGGAGUCUGCUGCAGAGUUAUCUCGCCUUGCUAGAAGAUGGCAGCAGUCAGUGUCAUAAGUGUAUUGCCCACUCACUGCUAUCCCAGGGCUUUGACUUGCCCACCUGGUUAAUACAUUCAUUUAAGACUCUUGAUGUGGCAGCAUUGUUGCGUGUCUACUUGGCCUUUGACCAACUCAGCCAGGCUGCAACGUUGGCCAUGGAAUAUUUAGAUGUCGUGACCAAUGUACUGACUGGUAUUGAUGGUCCUGCCUUUAAAUUAAAGGGUCUCAGUAGACCAGCACCUCUCAGUGUGUGGGUACCCUACACAUGUUUGGACCAAAUCCUUGUUGCUCUUAGGGACAGCCAGAACUCAUCUCAAGCUAGUAUUUAUCACCGCUUGAAAGAGAAAUUGGAUGAAUAUCAAGACAAAGCCCUUGACAUUUCUCAACUCAUUGAAGCUUGAGACAGAACUCUGGUGUAUUUUAUAUCAUCUUAACUGUAUGCCAUGGCUUGGAUCAAACCUCGUUUUUUGUACAAUUCAUUGAAAUAAAAUGUUUAAGUUAUAA